CCGAGCCAGGCCUGUCCCGAGGGACCUCUUUGCCGACUCCUUCCUGCGCGAGCAUCUCCCGGGUGCUGGGACCGUCCCCGGCAUGACGGACGUCACAGACUACAGCGCUCCUGCACCCCUCCGCCACGGGGCGCACCCCAGCGGCCCGAACGAUGUGGCCAUGCGGCUGGCCUUCAUCGGGGACGAGAUGGAGGUGCGGUGGACGCUGCCCGGCCGGGCCGUGCACAGCCUGGCCCUCACCUACAGCCAGACGGGCGUGCGGGGCGUCCUCGGAGACCUGCUCAGGAACCUCAGGGAGAGUGCACGGAUCUGGGGCUUCCUGACCCUCAGGGCCCGGGUGCGCCCCGCCCUGGGGCGCGAGCUGGCGCUGUCCUUGGUGCUGCUGCUGCUUGUGGGCUGGGGUCUGCGUUUCCUGUGACCCCUGCGGCUGCUGGCAGCCUGGGGGGCUGGACCCCCCUCCCGCCACCCUGGAGGUG